CAAAUCCCCUGCCGACGACGGCGUCGGCGGCUCGGUCCGGUAACAGUGAAGGGUGACUCUGGCUCUGGACUUGAGCACCGCCUGGGACCUGGGCUGACAGAGCCAGCAUGUCUCAGUGGAAUCAAGUCCAACAGUUAGAAAUCAAAUUUUUGGAGCAAGUAGAUCAAUUCUAUGAUGACAACUUUCCUAUGGAAAUCCGGCAUCUGCUGGCCCAGUGGAUUGAACAUCAGGACUGGGAGGUGGCUUCUAACAAUGAAACCAUGGCAACAAUUCUUCUUCAAAACUUGUUAAUACAACUGGAUGACCAGUUAGGUCGCGUUUCCAAAGAGAAAAACCUGCUCUUGAUUCACAAUCUAAAAAGAAUUAGGAAAGUCCUUCAGGGAAAAUUUCAUGGGAAUCCAAUGCAUGUAGCUGUGGUUAUUUCCAACUGUUUAAGGGAAGAGAGGAGAAUAUUGGCUGCAGCCAACAUGCCUGUUCAGGGACCUCUGGAAAAAUCCUUACAAAGUUCUUCAGUUUCAGAAAGACAGAGGAAUGUGGAGCACAAAGUGGCUGCAAUUAAAAAUAGCGUGCAGAUAACAGAACAAGAUACCAAAUAUUUAGAAGACCUGCAAGAUGAAUUUGACUACAGGUAUAAAACAAUUCAGAUGAUGGAUCAGGGAGACAAGAACAAUGCGGUAAUGAGUCAAGAAGUUUUGACUCUGCAAGAAAUGCUCAACAGCCUUAACUUCAAGAGAAAGGAAGCCCUCAGUAAGAUGACACAGAUAGUAAAUGAAACGGACUUGUUAAUGACCAGCAUGCUACUAGAAGAGUUACAAGACUGGAAGAGGCGGCAGCAAGUUGCUUGCAUCGGUGGUCCACUCCAUAAUGGGCUGGACCAGCUUCAAAACUGCUUUACACUAUUGGCAGAAAGUCUGUUCCAACUCAAAAGACAAUUGGAGAAAUUAGAGGAGCAAUCUACCAAAAUGACAUAUGAAGGUGAUCCCAUCCCGAUGCAAAGACCACAUCUGCUAGAAAGAGUUACCUUCUUGAUCUACAACAUUUUUAAGAACUCAUUUGUGGUUGAACGGCAGCCGUGUAUGCCAACCCACCCUCAGAGACCAAUGGUACUUAAAACUCUCAUUCAGUUCACUGUAAAGCUAAGGCUACUAAUAAAAUUGCCAGAACUAAACUAUCAGGUAAAGGUGAAAGCAUCAAUUGACAAGAAUGUUUCAACUCUAAGUAAUCGAAGAUUUGUCCUUUGUGGAACUCAUGUCAAAGCCAUGUCCAUUGAAGAAUCUUCCAAUGGGAGUCUCUCUGUGGAAUUUCGACAUUUGGGCUGUCACAUGGUGACUGAAGAACUUCAUUCCAUAACCUUUGAAGCACAGAUCUGUCUCUAUGGCCUGACUAUAGAUUUGGAGACCAGCUCAUUACCUGUGGUGAUAAUUUCCAAUGUCAGUCAGUUACCUAAUGCUUGGGCAUCCAUCAUUUGGUACAAUGUGUCAACCAAUGAUUCCCAGAACUUGGUUUUCUUUAAUAAUCCUCCAUCUGCCACUUUGAGUCAACUCCUGGAAGUGAUGAGCUGGCAGUUUUCAUCAUAUGUCGGCCGUGGCCUUAACUCAGAUCAACUCAACAUGCUGGCAGAGAAGCUUACAGUCCAAUCUAGCUUCAGUGAUGGUCAUCUCACCUGGUCCAAGUUCUGCAAGGAACACUUACCUGGUAAAUCAUUUACCUUUUGGACAUGGCUUGAAGCAAUAUUAGAUCUAAUUAAAAAACACAUUCUUCCCCUUUGGAUUGAUGGGUAUGUCAUGGGCUUUGUUAGCAAAGAGAAGGAAAGACUCUUGCUGAAGGAUAAAAUGCCUGGGACCUUUUUGUUAAGAUUCAGUGAAAGCCACCUUGGAGGAAUAACUUUCACCUGGGUGGACCACUCUGAAAACGGAGAAGUGAGAUUCCACUCUGUAGAGCCCUACAAUAAAGGCCGGUUGUCUGCUCUGCCAUUCGCUGACAUCCUUCGAGACUACAAGGUUAUUAUGGCUGAAAACAUUCCUGAAAACCCUCUGAAGUACCUAUAUCCUGACAUUCCCAAAGACAAAGCCUUCAGUAAACACUACAGCUCCCAGCCAAGUGAAGUUUCAAGACCAACAGAAAGGGGAGACAAAGGUUAUGUUCCUUCUGUUUUUAUCCCCAUCUCAACAAUCCGCAGUGAUUCAUCUGAGCCACAAUCUCCAUCAGACCUUCUUCCCAUGUCUCCAAGUGUAUAUGCAGUGCUGAGAGAGAACCUGAGUCCCACAACCAUUGAAACGGCAAUGAAGUCUCCAUAUUCUGCUGAAUGACAGGAUAAACUCUUGACACUCAAAAGAAGGAAGGAAAUGAAAAACUUUAAAGACUGGUCUUUGCCAACAAUCACGUCUUAUUUCUUCAGCUUUGUAUAUACCCACGCAGCUGAAGUCUGAAGCUCUCCUGAGGGCCGGACGGCCCCAGCUGGGAGUGUUGUGAUUAAAUGCCAGAAACCAAAGCUUCAGAGAAACUUGCAAGAUAAGACACUUUAAAAAACCAAGUGUUACUAUAGUAUUAACUAAAGACUCGUUUGUUUGUAUUUGUUUCAUUUCUGAUUUUGUUUCUCCUGUGUUACUUAUGAUUUUGGCUCUAGAGGGUUCAAGUGUUAAGAUUUCAGAAUAGGUCAAGAAAAACAAAGUCACACUACAUUACUCAAAAACCAGCAGGAGUACCUGAAGCCAAAUAAGCCAGUGUCCUGGGUUCCCGCAGGUAAGA